AUGGCCAAAGCAACCAAAGCAAAGGCUCGUCCCGUUUCUACUCGCUCUCGCGCUGCGCGCCGUGAAGCAUCUCCGGGAAUCAACCUCGACAAGUCCAUUACUGGCGAGAAGACCACCAAGGAAUCUGUAGACUACUUCCCCGGAGCACACGAUGCUGGCAUCUCGAAAAAGAAGAAGCAGAAGCCCAUGACCCGUGCCCAGCGCAUGCGUAAAGAGAAGGGCUUGGAGCGCGCAGAAGCGAACAUGGAUGUUCUACACACAAAAAAAGCAAAGAGCUUUGUCAGAGCGAGGAGGAUUGACGACCGAAGAGCGACCUGGGAGGCCAUGAACGACAAGACCAACCGCUUCGUCCAGCCCAAGGCCGCAAAGGGCUCCAAGGCUGUCGACAUGGACGCAAACUCAAGCGACGAAGAGAACCCUGGCAGACCCUCAGUAUUCGCCAUGCCUGGUGAUGAGUGGGAAGACGAAGACGAAGACGAGGACAUCGACGUCGAGCAGAGCAUGGAAGCACCGAAUACUGCCGACCCUGUCAGCAAUGCUACCAACAACGACGAUGACGAUGACGAGAUCCUGUAG